AUGCGUAAACGUGCUCCCACUGUGCUUUCUACGAAUCAAUUGCCUGCUGCCAGUACUCACUUUCAAGACGUCACCGUUCAAUUGUUGUCACAGGAAACUACCUCUCCUCUUCAACUCAACAUUGCUGCAUACUUUUCUCGAAUGAAUGGUCCCGCAUCUUGUCGAUCCUGUGGCGAGCGUUCGAAAAAAUUGUUAUUUACUUUCGGAGACAAUAUUUAUUGUAAACGUUGUGCUUCCGAUAUGGAACGAGUGUAUUUACAGAGCUAUCGACAACGUGAGGAAAUGAGAGAACGAGGUAAAAGAGUGUAUGACCUUUGUGUCGAAAUGGAGUCGAAGAAGAAUUCGGUCAAUUCGAAUGCAAGUUCCAGAGCUCAGUCACCUGUCAUGAAUUCUUCAGUUUCGACUUUGCCAGUCAUGAAUGUCAUGAGACGUGCAAGUAUCAUUUCAGCGAAUUUUCCAGAACUAUUUCCUGGAGGUUUUGGCACAAACGGAGCAUCUUCAGGUUUUCCCUCGCCAGCAACUUCGGUGGCUUCUUCAUUGGUUUUGAAUGCUUUGAAUCAACAACAACAACAAUCAAAGGGUUUGUCUCAAUGA